AUGAGUUUAUAUCCGAAACAUCUGCGAUAAUGCCAUUUUCGAAGACUUCCUUAAAAGUGAAAUUCCUCAAAUUGAAUAUAACUAAGAAUGUCCCAUUACCAUUGUAUGCUUCAAAAAUACCGCUAAAAAUACCUGUAACUGCUACCUCUCAAGGUGAUUCAUCCAUCGCUCUUAAUACACGAUCAUCCUGA